CAGCUCCGUGCGUUCCGAGCCGCACGGGAAAGCUUUGCAGUACGAGCAGAUAGCAGCGCGUGCGGCGGAGGUGAUGACUGCGGCGGCAUGGAGUUCCCGGAGCACGGCGUACGGCUGCUGGGCCGCCUGAGGCAGCAGCGCGAGCUGGGCUUCCUGUGCGACUGCACUGUCCUGGUGGGCGACGCGCGUUUCCCUGCGCACCGCGCUGUACUGGCCGCGUGCAGUGUCUACUUCCAUCUCUUCUACAGGGACCAGCCCGCGAGCAGCCGCGACACGGUGCGGCUCAACGGCGAUAUCGUCACGGUGCCCGCCUUCAGUCGCCUGCUGGACUUCAUGUACGAGGGCCGCCUGGACCUGCACAGCCUGCCUGUCGAGGACGUCCUGGCUGCCGCCAGCUACCUACACAUGUAUGACAUCGUCAAGGUUUGCAAGCGCCGGCUUAGGAAGAAAGACCCAGAUCUGGAGACCCGCGUUCUGGGGACAGAGCUUCCUGGUCAGCCACCAUACUCCCUGCCUUCCUGGUCCCCUGACUUCUGCCAAGCUGAACCAAAGGCCAAACCCCCAUCUCUAGGAGUCAAGGCUGCUCAUCCCCUGCCAACAUUUGGACCUCCGUCUUGGCAGGUCACAGGGGAAUCAAGUGGGGCCCUGGAUCUGUCACUGAAGCCUGGUCCAAGACCAGAGCAGGUCCACCCAUCCUGCAUCCUCCAGACACCCCUCUGCAGCUCGAUGCAGCAAGGGGCCCAGCCUCUGGUGAAGGCCGAGCAAGACUCAUUCUCUGAACAAGAUAGCAGCAGCCCUCGGAGCACCAACAGAUCCCCACCGCCAGUCUACGCGUCUGCAGCCCAAGGCCUGGCCGUGGACUUGGAGCCGCUGAACGUCCAAGGGACAGGCAGCCAGCAGCUUGGGCUGGAUGCAGAGCCAGUGGUGGACAGUGAGGAGCUGGGUCCCAACAGGCACCUUUGCAUUUGCCCGCUGUGCUGCAAGCUGUUCCCUAGCACCCAUGCACUGCAGCUGCAUCUCAGUGCCCACUUCCGAGAGCGGGACAGCAUCCGGGCCAGGCUCUCUCCGGAGGGGGCCGUGCCCACAUGCUCGCUCUGCAGCAAGACCUUCUCUUGCACAUACACACUGAAGAGGCAUGAACGGACACACUCUGGGGAGAAGCCCUAUACAUGCGUCCAGUGUGGCAAGAGCUUCCAGUACUCACACAACUUAAGCCGGCAUGCUGUGGUCCACACACGGGAGAAGCCCCAUGCCUGCCGCUGGUGUGAGCGCCGAUUCACACAGUCUGGGGACCUGUAUCGCCAUGUCCGCAAGUUCCACUAUGGUCUCGUCAAGUCCUUGCUGGUGUGAAGUGUGUUUCUGUAUCCCCACGGUGGAGGAAGGGACAGGGCAGGGUCUCCUGAGUGGGACUCUGGGACAGAAGCAGCAGCCCAGGUGGGUGGAAGCCCUACCCCAAGGCUAGCAGGCUCCACCUGCCAACCUGAGUGGAUGCUGCUGCUUUUUGGAUGGGUUGCCUCUCCCUACCCUUCACUCUCCACCUCAUACCUGAGCCCAGGUUGCACCCUGCCCAGUUAGGGACACUGUCUUCCUCAGUGUCCUCUCCAGCGAGAUUCUAGGGGUGUCCAGCCUGCCCAUUUGUGGGGUCUGGGCUUCUCAGUGUGAGGUAACAGUCGUCCUCUGUCCCGGGGCUUCCCUGACUACCCUGCUGGGACACUUGAGAGUGUCCUGUGUGCUUGUGCCGUCUUGGUAGAAAGACUCGCUUGUCAAGAAAGUCGUUAAUGCAAGUGUCUAACGGGGCACUGAGUGAGCAGGCCACUCCUGGUGAGUGGCAGCAGGGACUCCUGCUGAGACGGCCUCAGGCACAACAAGUACCAGCAGGGGCCACAGAGACACAGCUGGCCUUGCAGGAGGCACAGCUCCAGCGGGGACCCUGGAGCAUCAUGAGGGUGGCUAAAGCCGGGUGUCCCUGCAGUGACUGGUACUGGGGUGGAACAGAGGUGGGAAUUUCAGGCAAAGAAGGGAAAUUUGAAAGUGGAUUCUUUUUAUAUCAAAAGAGCCUUUCAAGGCCACCAUAUGUCUGCUACUGGGUGAGGACCCUCCAAGUGUCCCCUACUGGGGUCACAGGGCUGGAAAUGGCUGAUCUUGCCAUGAGCCAUGCUUGGCGUGUUGAAGCUAAUGCUGUGUUCCAGCAGGCCUGGCCCUGGGAGUCACUCUCCUGCUUUCUGCCGGUCUCCCUGGGGCUGUAGUCAUUCCUAGGCACCAGACACAAGGCCAAAGCUUGUCCAGCUUAACAGGAGCGAUGUUUGCUGUGCCACCUCCUGCUGUGGGGCGCGGGUAGGAGCAGCUGUCACAGGGAGACGGGGAGGCAGACCCCCCUUCAUCUGCAGCCUUGGAAGGAAGGCUGGCACCCCUGGAAUGUGAAGGACUUGGUCCAGCUCUGCCUUUGCAGUGGACAUGGGCCCCCUCACUUUGACCACUUGCUGUCCCAGAACCUUGAUGGUUUCAGGAAGGGGGUGAGGGGGUGUGGCAGAAUGGGGGGGGCCUCAACCUUACCUCGGCGAGUGGUAGAGCUGCCUGAAACAGUCUGCCCUCUCCCAGCAGGGCGGUCUGAUGACUACAAGUGGCCCAGAGGACAGAGGUGGGCCAAUCUAAAUCAUUGUGUCUUCUGCUAACACUUGAUGUAUUUAUUUGUCUGCUUGCUCUGGAGUGACGUGACAGUUGGUCUCCUCAAGGUGGAGAGAACCACUGUUCAUCUCCUAACCCUCUCUGUGCUCUCCUACUGUGUCCACGGCUGGCCUGGGAAGUUGGUGCCUGCCCGUGAUGCUCCAGGACUGAGGUCCGGGACAGGUUGCAGUCCUGAGGGUCAGAGAAGAGGCCAUGAGCUCCUGGCUUCUGACUCCACGUGUGAUUUAUGACCUGAGGUCUCGGUCGGUCUCUCUCUCUCUCUGUGUGUCUGUGUCUGUGUGUCUGUGUCUGUGUAUCUGCAGUACUACAAGUGAGCAGGCCGAGCACCGCUGGGUUGGUCCUCCCCGAGUGCCUGCUUUCCUGGGGCAGGGAAUCUGCCCUGAGUCAACACUGGACUCAUGGUCUUCAGUGCAGUUACUGUGAAGCUAAGAAGAAGUGACUGGUUGUGAGUUUAUAUAGAACUGGCACCGUUCAGGUGCCUGUAUGCGUGUGUCCGACACACUACCUGUGUGGAGCGCACAGGACAGGUGUGUGUAGAGUCCAGGUGCAUUCUGCUGUGGGCCUUUCUAGGGCCAACCCAGCUAUGUCCCCGCCUGGGGUCUCACUGCUGCUCUGCCCCUGGAGAGACCCCUGGGAAAUGACUCCACGGGACAACUCUUCCCGCGUAGGUUUGACUAGGAUGUUUGCACAGCCCUGCUUGUGGUCAGGCUGCACCACUCCCAGAAAUGAGUGCUGUCUUCCUAUUUCACACAUUCUGGCGGGCACAAUGACUGGGUAAUAAAGCCAACCACAGGUGA